AUGGCAACGAGAGCUUUUCAACCUGAGAAUGACGUGCAGAACAUCACUUGUAUUAGUGUGAAGUCUGCUGCAAAAGCAGCACUUUGGGAGCAAGGAAUCUUUGUGAACAAGGUUUUGCUUGGGGCGUGUGGCUUCAGUCCAGAGAUCUUCACACUGGAAGAUUUCCCUCGCAGGGAGUACUUCAACAUCACCUUUCAGAAAGUGGGCGGCAGUUUGAAACCCUUUGAGAAGGCGUUUUGGCGACAGCCAUCAGGCCCUGGCUCUGGAAUUAAAGAUAAGCUAGAGUACCCCGUGGUGCAGGUGAGCUGGACUGACGCCACAGUGUAUUGCCAGUGGAAGGGGAUGCGAUUACCCACUGAGGAAGAGUGGGAAUUCGCUGCUCGGGGAGGCCUGGAAGGUAGAGUAUAUCCGUGGGGAAACAAGUUUCAGCCUAAUCGCACAAACCUUUGGCAGGGAAAAUUUCCAGAUCAGGACACAGCAGAGGAUGGUUAUCAUGGUGUAUCUCCAGUAAAUGCAUUUCCACCACAGAAUCACUAUGGCCUCUAUGACCUGGUGGGGAACGUGUGGGAAUGGACUGACUCGGAAUACCUCCCAGCAGGCCAACCGGUAAAGGUCGGAUCUCAGAAGAUGUACGUUCUGCGUGGGUCCUCGUGGAUCGACAGUGUAGAUGGACUAGUUAAUCAUAAAGCACGCGUCACCAGCAGAAUGGGAAACACUGGGGACUCGGCUUCCGAUAACCUUGGCUUCCGAUGUGCUAAAAGCCUGGCUCCAUCUCGUCACAAACAAAAAGGAAAAAAUAAAACUGAACUCUGACAAUGGGAAAAGUGCAAAAGUAACAUUGAAGAAUCUGGUGCAGUGUCAGAGGGCCAACUAUGUGCCUUUGUAUGUUUACUACAAUCUUACCGAGACUGAAAGUGACCGUUGAAGAUGAGAAAUUGUUAAAUGAUAAUGCGAUUCUUUUGUAAGUGAUAAAAAUUUUGAUAUUUGUAAGAAAACAAUGGUAAGGAGAAAUUAAAUUUUACCUUGCAAUAACCU